AUGUGCGCCGAGAAAGCCCGCGCAGGAGCACUGAGCCCAGGACAGGACCUCUGCUUGCAUGGAGAGAGGAAGCUGUUCCUAGCCCUGGCAGGGGUCUUAGCUACACUCAUCCUGGCCCAGCCCUGUGAGGGCACUGUCCCAGCCUUCCCCAGGACAGUGGAGACCUCGGCCCUUUGGGGCUGUGUAACAGAGGCCCCGUUGCUGGUGAAUGCUACAAUCAGACUCAGGAGGUUCAAGCAGCAGCUUCACUGCUGAGGCUUGGCCAGCCCCAUGGACAUCCUGUUCUACUUCAAACAACCGUUAGCAGCCACCAGGACAGUGGUUCGGGCUGCUGAUUGUAUGCACGUGGCUUUGGGGCUGCUGGAGGAGCAGUUGCAACUCCAGGGAUCCAGUUCCUUCAAUGUCACUGCUGGCAGCCAGCGGGCCAGGGCCUGGUUGGAGGCCCCCAGCAAGGGUCUUUCCCUGCAGCAGGUGGCCCCAACAUUUUGUGGGGUCCAGGAGCCCACGCCCCACACUGACCUAUCUCCACACUGGGUCUGGGCCAUCUCGAACCAGAUUGUGCUCUUCUCCAGUGAGAGGCUGACCUCCCACCGGGGCCUGACCCUUAUGUUCAUGCAGUGCGGCCAGUUCAUUGACCACGACUUGGACUUCACCCCUGAGCCCCCAGCUAGAGUGGCCUUCACUGUGGGGGUCGACUGUGAGAGGACCUGCACCCAGUUGCCCCCCUGCUUCCCCAUCAAGUUACCCCCAAUCCCAUCCAGUGACCCCCGCAUUAGGGACCAGAGUGACUGGAUCCCCUUCUUCCGUUCAGCGCCCUCAUGCCCCCCAAACAGGAACCAAGUCCAAAACCAGCUCAGCGCGCUCACUUCCUUCUCAGAUGCCAGCAUGGUGUAUGGCAGCGAGGUCUCCCUCGCCCUGCAGCUCUGCAACCAGACCAAUCACCUGGGGCUGCUGGCCAUCAGCACCUGCUUCAGUGACAACGGCUGGGCCCGGCUCCCCUUCGACAACCUGUGUGAUGACCCCUACCUCCUCACCAACCCCUCCCUGUGCGCCCCCUGCUCCCCGGCAGGGGACUGUCGACCAUCUGAAACCCCCAAACUGGCAGCAAUGCAUACCCUGUUUAUGCGGGAGCACACCCGGCGGGCUAUGCAGCUGAGACGCCUGAUUCCCCCGUGGAGUGGAGACACCCUGCUCCAGGAGGCCCGGAAGACCGUGGAGGCCACGGUCCACAUCAUCACCUACUGAGACUUUCUGCCCCUGGUUCUGGCCGAGGCCCAGGCUCCCCGGGAGAAAACCCUGGGGCCCUACCGGGGGUCUUGCUCCAAUGUGGACCGUCGUGCGGCCAGUGUCUUCACCCUGGCCUUCUGCUUUGGUCACACCAUGCUCCAGCCCUUCAUGUUUCGCUUGGACAGCCAGUACCGCGCCUCAGCACCCAACUCAUGUGUCCCUCUUAGGACUAGCUUCUUUGCCAGCUGACGAAUCGUGCAUGAGGGUGGCAUCAACCCCAUCAUCCCAGGCCUCAUGGCCACCCCUGCCACGCUGAACCCUCAAGAUUCCGUGUGAGUGGACGAGCUGCGGGACCAGCUCUUUUGUCAAGUGAAGAGGAUCGGGCUGGACCUGGUGGCUCUCGACACGCAACGCAGCCGGGACCACCGCGGCCUCCCGGGGCACAACGCUCGGAGGCGCUUCUGUGGGCUUUCCCAGCCCCGGAAUCUGGCACAGCUUAGCCAGGUGCUGCAAAACCCGGAUUUGGCAAGGAAGCUCCUGAAUCUGUAUGGGACACCUGACAAUACUGAUGUCUGGAUUGGGGCCAUUGCAGACCCUCUUUCGCCAGGGGCCCAAGUGGGGCCUCUUCUGGUUUCUCUUUUUGAAAACCAGUUCACAAGAGCCUGAAAUGGUGACAGCACCUGGCAUGCAAUGGGUGCCCGUCCUGUUAAUUCCUCCCUACCACACGAGGCCCUGAGCCAGGUUUCCUGGUCUGGAAUUGCGUAUGACCAUACUGGUAUCCCCACCAUUUCGAGGGACAUCUUCAGGGCCAACACUUACCCCCAGGGCUUUGUAAGCUGCAGCAUCCCCAAGUUGGAUCUGUCAGCCUGGCAAGGCUAA